UGGGAAGAUGGCGGCUCCCAGCCUCCUCACCUGGAGGCGGGUUUCCUCCUUCACAGGGCCCGUUCCCCGUGCCCGGCACGGACACCGAGCCGUAGCGAUCCGGGAGCUGAUGAUCAUCUUCGGCGGAGGCAACGAGGGCAUCGCGGACGAGCUGCACGUCUACAACACCGUUACAAACCAGUGGUUCCUGCCAGCAGUUAGAGGAGACAUCCCCCCAGGCUGUGCGGCCCAUGGAUUUGUCUGUGAUGGUACCAGAAUACUAGUAUUUGGGGGAAUGGUUGAAUAUGGAAGAUACAGCAAUGAGUUAUAUGAGUUACAAGCAAGUCGUUGGUUAUGGAAAAAAGUGAAACCUCAGCCCCCUUCUUCUGGUUUACCUCCUUGUCCUCGACUUGGACAUAGUUUCUCUUUAUAUGGUAAUAAAUGCUAUUUGUUUGGUGGUCUAGCAAAUGAAAGUGAAGACUCAAACAAUAAUGUUCCCAGGUAUUUAAAUGAUUUCUAUGAACUGGAGCUACAGCAUGGUUCUGGUGUUGUGGGUUGGAGCAUUCCAGUCACUAAAGGCAUUGUGCCUUCUCCAAGAGAAUCUCACACAGCUAUUAUAUACUGCAAAAAAGACUGUGGAAGUCCUAAGAUGUAUGUUUUUGGAGGAAUGUGUGGUGCUCGUCUGGAUGACCUAUGGCAGCUUGACUUAGAAACUAUGUCAUGGUCAAAACCAGAAACUAAAGGAACAGUGCCACUUCCACGAAGCCUUCACACAGCCAGUGUUAUAGGAAACAAGAUGUAUAUUUUUGGUGGAUGGGUUCCACAUAAGGGAGAAAAUACUGAGAAUUCACCUCAUGAUUGUGAAUGGAGAUGUACCAGUUCAUUUUCUUACCUAAAUCUAGAUACAGCUGAGUGGACUACUCUAGUAUCAGAUUGUCAGGAAGAUAAAAAAAAUUCAAGACCAAGACCCAGAGCUGGACACUGUGCUGUUGCGAUUGGUACUCGAUUAUAUUUUUGGAGUGGCAGAGAUGGCUACAAAAAGGCACUGAAUAGUCAAGUUUGCUGCAAGGAUCUUUGGUAUCUUGAUACUGAGAAACCAUCAGCACCCUCACAAGUACAACUGAUCAAAGCCACUACCAACUCUUUUCACCUCAAGUGGGAUGAAGUGCCUACAGUUGAGGGUUAUCUUCUGCAAUUGAAUACUGACUUGCCACACCAUGCUCCGCCCUGUGAUUCUUCAGACAUGCCAGGAGUCAAGAUGGAUCCUCACAGACAAGGCAGUAAUAGCAUCCUUCCUAACAGUGUCAGUGAUACAGUAAACAGUGCAAAAACUGAACAUACAGCUGUGAAAGGAAUUUCAGUGAAAAGCAGACCAGAUUUCAAAGUGACAGAUUCUAAUGUUGUUUUGCAUUCAUCUGUGGCAUCUAAUGCUUCUAAUCAUAACAGCUGUAUGGUGCCUAUGCCAAGGAAAACAGAAGGUCCUCACACUUCAGCAAAUGUAGGUGUACUAAGUAGUUACCUGGACAUAAGAACAGUAAUCCCUGAAACUUCAGGAUCCAGCACACAAACUAUGGUAACCCAGCAGACCAUUAAAACUGAAUCCUCCAGUACAAAUGGGGCUGUUGUUAAAGAUGAAACUUCACUAACAACAUUCAGUACCAAAUCUGAAGUGGAUGAAACCUGUGCUCUGCCUGCAACUAAGAUCAGCCGUAUAGAGGUGCAUGCUGCAGCUGUGCCCCUUUCUAAAGAGAUACCUUCAAAUCCAGUGGCCACCAUGAAAGCAGAACAGCAGUGGUGUGAUGUGGGCAUUUUUAAAAGUAACACAGCUUUGGUGAGCCAGUUCUAUUUGCUGCCAAAAGGGAAACAAAGUAUGUCAAAGACAGGAAAUGCAGAUGUACCUGACUACAGUUUGCUUAAGAAACAAGAUCUUGUUCCAGGCACGGGUUACAAAUUCAGGGUGGCUGCAAUCAAUGGUUGUGGAAUAGGCCCUUUCAGCAAAAUCAGUGAGUUUAAAACUUGUAUUCCUGGUUUUCCUGGAGCCCCUUCUGCAGUCAGAAUUUCAAAGAAUGUUGAAGGUAUUCACCUUUCCUGGGAACCUCCAACUUCACCUUCUGGAAACAUUUUGGAAUAUUCAGCCUAUUUGGCUAUCCGCACAGCACAGAUACAAGAUAAUCCAAGUCAGCUUGUGUUCAUGAGGAUUUACUGUGGUCUGAAAACGUCCUGUGUAGUGACUGCUGGACAGCUUGCGAACGCACAUAUUGAUUACACAUCCAGACCUGCCAUCGUGUUCAGGAUAUCAGCGAAGAAUGAGAAGGGCUACGGACCGGCCACACAAGUGCGAUGGCUUCAAGGUAACAAUAAGAAAGCACCUUUAAGCUGAAGUGGUUUUUUACUAAAGCUAUUAUGAUGACGAUUAUUUAUUAGUAACUGGUUGUGAAGAUUUGUCAUUUGAAAGAGUAUUCUCUGUAUUUCUAGCACUUAUGCAUUUGAGUUUGUAAGUUGUUCUUAAAUUGUAUUUGCUCAAUUUUAGAUCCAAAUAAAAAUAGAAAAGAAGCAAAGACUCUGUGAAAAUUAGUAUAUGGAUUUUUCCUUACCCAUAUAGCUGUUUUAUAAAGAAAAAUAGUGAAGUUAAAAUAAAAGCUAGAAGGCUUUAUUACCCCAGUAUCUUCUAUAAAGGCUCUCUGAGUCAUCCUAGAGUUACUGAGGUGGUUUUAGUAACUGGCUGUUGUACUUUACUGUAAUGAAUGUUCUAGUCCCAGAGUGCUCCCUCUCACUGGACUCUGUAUGAGUAGCGGUCCUCUUAACAAUUAUUUUUAGUGAUACUAAUUUUUGUAGCCACUUGAUUCCUUUAUUUACAGUGUUAGCACAAGCUUAAGAAAUUAAGAAAGUAAAAAAGCAAGUUCAGAAACUCUGCUUUUGAAGGAUUAUUUCCCAAGAAUCCUAAUCCAAUCCAUAAAGAGUACUGAAUAUUCUUGAUUCCUAUCAGGCUAAUAUAUUUGCGUUUAUUCUUAACUAAAGCACUUAAUUCAUCCCACCCUUAAUUUCCUAAGAGUUGAGAGGGUUAAAAGAGUUUACCUUUGAACUCCCUUUCAUCUCUAAAAUUUUAUACUUUCAUUAGAAGUCAAGAUUACCCCUGCACAUUUUCAUGUCUCACCAGACUUAAUGGCUCUAACUUUACUAUGGCUAAAAUUAAAACCUUCAUAGUUUAAAAUUCAGAAUCAAGUAUAUGUCCUCCUGUUGAAGAAAGGAAAAAAAGCACCUUAACAGGACAGUUUUUAAUGUUUUAAACAUUUGUAAGAUUUUUGUAAAUGCUCUAGAUGUUUUAUUUUUGCAUUGUUUUUACCUCAAAAUUGUGUAAACUUUUUUUUACAAUGGGAAUAGAAGCAUUAGACAGCUAACUCAGGUUCCUCACAGCCAUAGAGAUGCAGAUAAACAUUGUGAACACUCUGCUACUGGUAACUUGUUUUAAACUUUUUAGGAAUGUCAUGGUUCUACUGCCCAUCAAAUCUGGGAUGAACAUAUACACAGCAAUAAUUGCAGAAAAGAUAUUUCAAACUAAGAGCUGCAGAAACUGCAAGCACAGGUCUAUCUUUUUUGUACCACAUAAUCUCAUGCUGGUGUAGGUUGACUGAGUAGCUGUGCCCUCAAACUUUGUGUAUGAUAUCCCCAGUAAAGAUGAAUUUAAUUGUGCAAAAUUGAUAUAUAUGCCAGUUACUAAUUUAAAGUAUAUAGAAUAUUUUAAUAUAUAACUUUUGUAAAGAACUGGGAUUUUUAUACUACAGUAUUUUUAAUUAAUGUGUCUCACUAAUUAAAUUUCUCUUGAAGAAAAUAUGCAAACUAUUAGGCACAUGAGUGGUUGCUGAACUCUAAAGAUAAAAUAAAUGCACUACUAUGGUGUUGGUACGGUACUGUGGUUUUGUGGCUGUAUGAAUCCUUGACCGCUACAUGAGUACUUUACAAACAGUGUUUACAAGGAGCUUCUCUGGCCUGUCAUUCCAGUAACUCCUGUGGUGAGAGCUUCUUUCUGCGUUUGCUUAACACACGCUUUGCUGUUGGCAGCUGCUUGCUUUUUGCACUAGUUGACUUUUCACUUACCUCGUUAUCUAUCAUUUGUAAUCACUGUAUAGCUUUCAUAAUGUGUCUGACAUGUAAAAACAAGCACUUAACCAAAGUUAAAUUCAAAUCAAUGGUAAGCAGUUUUGCACAUAUUAAAUGGUAGGGUUUGUUGUAUAUACAUGUAUGCUUUGUUCAAAAAUAAGAGUGGAAAGUUAUAGUAAGUAUAUGUAUCAAGUCCAAUUAUUUUAAUUACUAAGAAAAGUUCUAGCUAUUAACUCAUUAUUCUCUGCAUUAACAGUUUGCAUAUUAAUGACAAAAAUAAGUUCAUUUAAAGCAAAGAGUAGAAUAUUUGUUUCGAGUUUAUACAUUUAUUCCUAUUGAGUAUUUGAUUUAUUUACUUUGCUUAAAUGCUUCUACUGUUCCAGACCAGGAGGUGAAUAUGAACCUGCAGUUCUAACAUAUGACUGACUGACUUCUCAGAGGAAAGGGCAGCAUUUCUAUACCAACGGACUUACUAAAAUAGUAAAUAUUUUUACUUUGAGGAUUUUGCCAAAUUGUAUUUUUUUAUUUGGUAUGAAUACAUUAAGUACCAGUAAGAUUUAUCUCUCUGUUAAGAGAAUGAUGACUGAAGUAUGUCGAAAAGAAAUCCCUGUGGCUUUAAUAUUAAUAAUCAGUAAGAGACCUUAGAGCUACGUAUUCAUGAAGAGAACACAUUGGGGCAGAAGAGUAUAUGGAACUUCUUAGGAUUCGCAGUUUCUAAGUGAAUGUCCCUUGGUGCAGCGGCAGGCUAUACCAUGCAGACUUUGCGUCCCUCCCUCCCCUUUCUUGGGGGAGGGGGUUGAACUGAGGGCCUCAGGCACACUAGGGAAAAGCACUGUACCACUGAGCUACACUCCCAACCCAGACAGAUAGUUCUCAGAAGAGGAUUUACAUUGAGUUACCUUUCUUUCCUCUUCCUAGUUGUACAAACAACUCAGAUUAGCAAACCUUUGUGUCCCAGAUCUUUCCUAUGUUCUGGGUUUUGAUUCAUAUAAGUAGUGAUAAUAUUAUUGAUGUUGCAUGCUCUUAGAAUUAUGUUUUCUCAAAUACCAUAUUGGCUUUAUUUUAGUUAGUCAACUAUUUGGCAAUUUAACUAGAAAUAAGGUAUAUAUAAACUCAAUCUGUAUUACAGAAUUAAUCAUCUGAUUGCAUGUGUGAGGCACCUUUGCCCCAUAACCCAGUUAAAUUCAUGUAAUCCUCUAUAACAAGAUGAAACUGUUGAUCCAUUAUUUGAACGACUUGUAGACUAGCAAAGAUUUGUUCUGAUCAGAAAUAUAGUCUACUAUAACUAAAGUGUUUUCUUUUUUUUCAAGUGUUCCUUAUUUUAAAAAACUUAGCACAUGUAAUAUAAAAAGCAUUAUAAGAUUGGAUGUCAAGAGAUUGUUAGUAUUCAAAGUUACUGUAGUCAUCUGAUCAUAAAUGAAGUAGACUGCAAUGUGGACUUGUCCUCUGACCAUUUAAAGUGUACCUGCUGUGUUAAGACUGGUUUUAGGUAGUUUAUGUAUUGGUACCAAUGACAUGUAAAAUAAAGCAUCUUUUUUACUAUCAA